AAGUUGUUUGUGGGGCGGCGGGUCAAGUUUAAAGAGCUUUCGAUUCGGCGUGGGUUCCUGGUUAGUGCCCUCCGAUGGCCUUGAGGGGUAGAGAAGGAGGAGGCACACUGGCCAUGCAAUCGCGGAAAUGUGUAGCAUUGUGUUCCUUGCUGAUCUUGAAAUUUAAACAGAUGUUGCACUAAUCCCAAAUGAAAGUCGGAUAGAUUUCAGUAGCUGGCAAAAUAGGAGAAGAGAGCACAUGUGAAUCCGAAUCAGGUUUAAUACUGGCAUAUGUCGUGAAAUCUGCGUUUUGCGGCAGAGGUCCAUUGCAAUACAUAAUGAUAAAAACAAUAAAUUACAGUAAGAGCUGCAUAUAUGAAAUAAGAAAAUUAAAUAUGUAGUGGGAAAAGGGGGGAGGGGUUAAUUGGAAAUUGAUGGCAGAGGGGAAAAAGCUGUUCCUGAAAUGUUGAAUGUGUGUUUUCAGUCAGUGUCCUGUACCAUCUCCUUGAUAGUAGCGAUGAUAAGAGGGUAUGUGCAGGGUGAUGGGGGUUCUUAAUAACGGAUGCUGCCUUUUUGUGGUAUUGUCUUUUGAAGGUGUAUGCCUCUACACCAGACGGUGAUGCAAUCAGUUAGAAGGCUCUGUAGAAAUUCGGGACGUUUUGGCCUGAAAUGUUGUCAUUACCUCCUCCCAUAGAUGCUGUCUGGCCUGCUGAGUUCUGCCAGCAUUUUGUGUUUUUAUUUAUCUCUAGCAUCUGCAGAUUCACUCAUGUUGCCUUAGAACUCCUGUUGUACCUUCUUUGUAAUUACAUUAAUAUUUUGGGUCCCAGAUAGACCACCAGAGAUCUUGACACCCAGGAACUUGAAGCUGCUCACCCUUUCCACUUGUGAUCCCUCGAUGAGGACUAGUGUAUGUCCCCUCAACUUCCCCUCCUUGAAUCCACAAUCAACUCCUUUGUGUUACAGACACUGAGUGCAAGGUUGUUGCUGCGACAGCAGUCAUCCAGCUGAUCUACCUCUCUCCUGUAUGCCUCCUCAUCAUCAUCAUCAUCUGAAAUUCUGCCAAUCAUAAUUGUAUUGGUAAUUAUAUAGAUGGCAUUUGAGCUGUGCUAGUCACACUUGUGGGUAUAGAGAGUAGAGCUAAGCACACAUCUUUGAGGUGCAUCGUGCAUAAAGAUUAAUUUUUUGGGUGGUAAAGGCUUUUGGCAUGAUUACCUUCAUUGUUUGGGACAUCUAGAAGUUUAAAAUUUGGGAACUUUCGAUGUAGCCAUAUAAAACUAUGGUUGGAUCACACUUAAGUUCUGGUAACUGUGUGAUGGGAAUGAUACGGAGAGGGUGCAGAAACAGUUGAUCAGCAUGAUGCCUAGAUUAGAGGUAUCAGCCUCUAAUGAGAUGUUGGAUAAACUUGCAUUCAUUUUUCUGGAAUGCUGAAUAAUGAAGGGUGACUUGAUAGAAAUAUUUAUAUAUUCAAAAAGGUUAAAAUAGCAUAAAUAGUUUAUUUCCUCCAGAGUGGUAAUGCUAAAUGCAAGAAGGCAGAGAUUUAAGGAGAGAAGGGGAUAGUAUAGUAUAUUGAUAUACAGACAUAGGUGUUUAGCUCAGGAGCAUGCUGCCAGGGAAAAUGUUGGAAGCACGUAUGAUAAGAAUGUUUUGAUAAGCAUGUGAUUGGGAGGGAUAUAAGACCAUAGGAGCAGACUUAGGGCAUCUGGUCCAUUUGUCCCAUGUGUCAGUGGAUGGAAUUAGCUUGGAUUGGCAUCAAGGUUUGGUACAAACUUUGUGGACUGACAGGUAGACUGGGAGCUUGUACUCUCUCGGCAUCUGCUGCGGGCUUGUGUCCUUUUGUUGAAAGCACUUGGCAGUUGGUGCCAUCCCAAAGGCUUCUCCUGUUUUCUGUGUUCUCUGGGUGCUCUGGUUUCCUCUCAUAUUCCAAAGGCACCAAGACAAUAGGUUUGGGCUUACUGUGUUGUGGGCUGUGGUGGAGUUGGACACAUUUCACUGUUGUGUUUUGAUGUAUACGUGACAAAUAAGGCUAAUCUUUAAUCUUUAAAUGGUUAUAGACUUCAUAUUAACACCUUGGUGGGAACUUUGGAAACUUUCAAGGAGGUUUAGAGCAUAUCCUUGAAUCAUUUUCUCCAACAUCUGGAAAUCUCUUGCCACGGUGAACUUGUGUUCCUGUUUAAGCUCUGGUUUCAGGAAUAUCUGAUUUUUUUUUCUCUCUGCACUUACACAGAAUUAGGGGUUAUGGGGAAAAGGCAGGAAGGUAGAGGUGAGUCCAUGGCUAGAUCAGCCAUGAUCUUAUUGAAUGGUGGAGCAGGCUCAACGGGCCAGAUGGUCUACUCCUGCUCCUAUUUCUCAUGUCUUAUGCUCUGCUAAUUAUUCUACCAAAAAACAUAACCUUUGUCCCUCCUACCUGCCCUGCCUGCAUGGCUGACUACUCUCUCUGUUAUGGAAAGUAAGUAUUUAUUCUAUCCAGGUCAGAUAUGUUAUGUGCAAAUCAAAAUUAAAACUCUCCUCAGGCCCAUUUGUUUCAACCAGAACCGAGUCAAGAUAGAAAGUCUCUUCUCGGUACCAAAUUUCCAACCCUGGUGAUGUCUCCAGUAAUCUCUUCAAACCUUCCAAUGUUCCUACAUCCUUCUUUAUUUUUUGAUGCUUUCAAUAUCACCUUCCUGCUCUUUAUUCAAUGCAUCAUCAAAGAAAAUUGUCUUGAAUGUCAUUAUGGUCACAAUUAAAUAUCCAUUCUUUCAUCUUCAGGGAUUUAUGGAUCUGUACUCCAAGGUCUCUCCGCACUUGUUAAUAUUAUGCCAUUUAUUGUUGUUCCUUUUGUUUGUCACACCAUUCCCUAGUGCAUGGAUCUCCAUUUGUGAAUUCCACAUGUACCUACUACCUGGCCUAUUAAUAUGUUGUUUGUCUUUAUUUUGUCUAUUAUCUCUUUUUAUGCGUGAGAGGAAAAAAUGUUGUGAAGCAGAUUGUAGUCAAUAAAUUUAUUUUGAAAUAUUGUCCUUAUCGUAAUUGAAAUAAAGAAUCCAGUCUAAGUACUGAACAUCUCAAAAAUUGUAACAUAGUAAUCAUGCGACAGUUUAUCUCUUCUGAUGUUUAUAACAAGAGACAUCGGCAAGGGCACCAGCAAUAACUCACUAGCUCACCUUUUCUGGGUGAAAAUAUGGACUUGAUUUAAAGACUCGGUUGUGAAGAAGGUGAAUGCAAUGUUGGCAUUCAUUUCUAGAGGUAUAGAAUAUAAGGGCUAGGAUGUAAUGUUGAAGUAAUAUAAGGCAUUGGUGAGACCAAACUUGGAGUAUUAUGUGCAGUUUUGAGCUGCUUAUUUUAGAAAGGAGAUACUGACAUUGUAGAGGGUUCAGAGAAGAUUCACGAGAAUGAUUCCAGGAAUGAGAGGGUUACCGUAUGAGGAAUGUCUGGCAGCCCUUGGGCUGUAUUACCUGGAGUUCAGGAGAUUGAGGAGGGAAAUAUUCUGAAUGUUAAAAGGCCUGAACAGAUUAGAUAUGGCAAAAUUAUUUCCCAUGGUAGGGGAUUCUAGGACAAGAGAGCACAACUUCAGGAUUGAAGGAUGUCCAUUUAGAACUGAGAUGUGGAGAAAUUACUUUAGUCAGAGGGUGGUAAAAUCUGUGGAAUCUGUUGCCACAAGCAUCUGCGGAGGCCAUGUCAUUGGGUGUAUUUAAGGCAGAAAUAGGUUCUUGAUUAGCCAGGGCAUCAAAGGGUAUGGGGUGGAAGCAGGGGAGUGGGGAUGACUGGAUGAAGUGGAUCAGCCCAUGAUUGAAUGGUGGGAUAGACUCAAUGGGCCGAAUAGCCUACUUCUGCUCCUAUAUCUUAUGGUCUUAUGGACUCCUCAGAAAGGUAACACUGUCAGCAGUAUCUGAAUUAUGUGUAAAGGGGGUUUCUUCUUAUUUCUUUGUUACUGUGUAUGUAAUCAAAAGGGCUUCUUUGUUUUGUUAACUAGCAGGAAUGCUAAUUUACUGAUAACGAGAAUAGUAUUCCUUUGUAAACCAAAUGGGGAUUAAUGUUCUUUCUUCUGAGUCUGUAAGCUUUUGUUGACGGGCUUUUGGGGAGAUCGGUGCGAGGGGGUUUAGAGAGAGGUCGCAAUGCUGUAAGCUGGGCGAGGAACGGACCCCAAGCGGGGGUCCGAGGCCAGGUGGUACUCCGAGGAGGGGGGAUGAAGCUAGAUAUGCUUGGUUGACCACUUGGAGGGUCCUGAGCUGCGAGUCGAGGAGUUCGGAGGGGAUCGAAUGGUGGCCAGAAGACUUCAGUAAUUGAGCUCCAACGGUUGUGCAUGAAGUGGUUUGGACUUUGAUAAGUUUGGCGCCUUUUCUUUAUUUUUUCUCUUCAUGUAUACUGUAUUGUUAUUAAUCACUUAGUUAUAGUAAUCUUUAUAAAUUGUACUCAUUUAAUCGCUUAUGGUGUGCUGUCUGUUUUUGGGUGAGGCGGGGACAUCACGCAGCAUCCACACCAGCUGAUUACCCAGUUUGGCGGGGCCGAAGGCUGCUCCCCCUAGACGAGAACGAGCUGAGCGAGCCUGAGGUGACCCAGGGGGUUACAUAUGUUUUUAAACAUGUUUGGAUUCCAUCCAGGAAGAAGAUUCUUAGAGAAGGCCAGUAAUCUGUGUUUAUUUAAAUUUAAAGAUAGUAAAACAAUAUAGUUGCACAGCAAUGGAUGGCAGGUCAAAAGUCAGACAAAAUAUGAAAUACAGCAAACAGUGAUUAAAGGGAAGAAAAGAUUAAAGCUUGAGAUAAAGGUAGCAAGGAAUUUAAAAACAGAUGGUAAGAUAUUUUAAGAGUUAAUCAGUAUUGAUCCAAUAGAGUAUCAGUGGAAUUAAUAAUGGAAAACUGAGGAUGACAAAUGCAUUCUUUGCAUCGUCAAGUAUUUUGCUGUAGUCUUCUCAAUGAAAGAUGAGUAACAUCUUGUGUAACUCUCACUCAGUAAAGAACUGAUUGUUGACUUCAGGAAGGAGAAGAAGGGUGAACAUGCACCAGGCUACAAUGGGGAAUUGGAUCAGUGAUGGAUAUAGUCAGCAGUUUUAAAUUCCUGGGCAUUAACAUGUCGGAUGAUCUGUCAGGGCCCAACACAUAGAUGAACUCAUAAGGAAGGCAUGCCAGCAUCUUUACUUCCUUUGGAGUUGAGGAGGUUUGGCUUGUCAUUAAACACUAACAAACCUCUACAGAUAAUAAUGUUGAAAAUAUCCAGUCUGGUUGAAUUAUGGUCUGGUAUGGCAGUUCGAAUGCAGAGGUGUGUAAGAAAUUGUAGAAAGUAGUGGACACUGUCUAUUACUUCACUGCCACAUUACUCCUCACCAUUGGUGCUGUCUACACUUCAAAGUUCGAAGUAAAUUUAUUACUGAAGUCUGUAUAUGUUGCCAUAUACUACCCUGACAUUCAUCGUCUAGCAGGCAUUCACUGUAGAACACAGAAAUCCAAUAGCAUCAAUAAAAAAAAUCUACACACAAACUUCAACAAACUUAUAUAGAUGUGUAAUGGUGAGUAUAUUGACUGGCUGCAUCACAACCUGGUAUGGAAACGCCAAUGCCCUUGAAUGGAAUAUCCUAUUGUUAUGCCUACAGCCCCCUCCUUUUUGAGAAUCGCAGGAUCGCUAUUGAUUUGGGUCACGAGACCCAGGAAAUGAGAGAGAGAGACGUUUGGAAUGUCUUGACCCCCCCCCCAGCGAUAUAAAGCUACGGGAAACGGCCAUUGUCUCUUGGAGAUGGGAUUGUGUAUUACAAUACUGUGCUUCGUUGAAGCCCUCAGGCAAAGUGGGCUGGUUGGUGGAGGGAUUGCAUCAUCCCAACCAGAUUGACAUCUGAGACCCUGUGAGUCAGGAUAAAAAAGGGUCUGUGGGAACAGCCCCUCAGACGCACCAGAAGAAACGCUAGCGAUCCCGUAAUAGCGGAAGCUGGUGGGGGGAGGCCACGUGCGUUUGGUUCCAUUUGCCCCGGAACCGGUGUCCUUUACCACUGAAGAACGACUUUUAGCUAACAACGGGGAAACCAAGUCUCAAUGACUCUCGAAGGAUUGACAUCAUAAAAGGAAUGGGCAAGUUUUAACCUGUCUUUCUCUCAAACCAAAACGCUGCAGCUUGAACGAACUAAGUGACGUUUAUAUUUCCAUUGGACAAUACAUUAUCCCCUAGACAACGAUAGAGCUAUUUCUUAUUGAUUAUUAUUAUAUCUGCACUUUAGAUUUAGUAUUGAUGAUGUAUAUUAUCUGUGUGUUUGCAUUGAUAUUAUUUUGUGUAUUUUUAAUCAAUAAAUACUGUUAAAAUAGUACCAUCAGACUUCAACGGACCUCUCUAUCUUUGCUGGUAAGUGACCCAGUUAUGGGGUUCAUAACACUAUAAAAAAAUAGAUACGGUCCAGUCCAUAUCAUCUAAAGCCUUCCCUACCACUGAAGACAAAUACACAAAAUGUUGUUGCAGGAAAACAGCAUUCAUCAUCAGGAUCUUCCACCACUCAGCACAUUCUGACUUCUCCCUGCGACUAUCAGUUCAAGAACAGUUAUGAUCCCUCAACCAUCAGGCUCUUGAACCAGAAAAGAUAACUUCACUCACUCCAUCACUGAAAUGCUCCCACGAUCUAUGGACUCAUUUUCAAGGAAACUUCAUCUUCUGUUCUUGAUAUUUAACGUUUGUUUAUUUAUUAUUAUUAUUUCUUUCUUUUUGUAUUUACACAAUUUACUGUCUUUUGCACACUGGUUGGUGUGCACAGUGUUCUUUCGCUGAUUCUAUUGUUAAUAGUCUAUUAUUUAUUUAUUGAGUAUGCCCACAAGAAAAUGAAUCUCGGUAUUGAAUAUGGGAUCAUACAUAUACUUUGAUAAUAAAUUUACAUUGAACUUUUAACUUUAUAUUGACAAACAACCAAUGUGCAAACAAACCCUAAACUAGAAAUAACCUGCUUCGUGCCUGAACUUGGUGCCUAGUAUCUGACUGGUUUAAUUAUUUAACUUUUUGCAAUCUGAUGCUAUCCUCUUCAUCUGUUAAACGUUGCUAUAUUUUGUUGCCUUGGGUUUGAGUUCCAGUGUGCGGUUUUUAAUGUCACUUGCCCAAAUCAACAUGAGCACAGUCUCUUUCAUGCUUUUCUUCCACAACACCUCACCCCAACUAUUUUUGCUUUCCAUCAUCAAACUUAGCUGCGGCACACCACAACAUAUUUAGUAAUCAGCUCAUUGUUAGCAGUCAGAUUUUCCUUUUCUGAGCAAUUAUUCUUGCUCUAUGCAUUCAGUGGCAUGAGUUUCAUCCUUUUAUAUGGGAAAAAGUAUAUAUAAUGUUUACUUCAGAGCAAUGCUGAAUUUCUUCCUACAAUCUUGGUUUCACUGAAAUGUACUUUUUUCAUCAUCCCACUCCUUUUAACCUACGACUGUGAUUUAGGGCAGCAUAGAUGGCACAAACUUAGGCAUUAUCACUCGUGCAGUAACAUAAACCUUGAGUUUGUUACAGAUUUUGUGUUGCUCUGACAUUUGUGUUAUUUUCAGUGAAUUUCAGGUUGUGAGAUCAAUGAACAGGCAGAAAUGUUGUCCGUGUUCCCCAAAAUUUCUCUCAAACCUGAGGUGGAGAAAUACCUUAGAAGUGUUUUCAGGAAUAAAGAGCUUCUGUCUAGUUUGGGUGCUGAGGAGUGGAAUGUCAAAUUUGAAACUCUUUUAAGCUGUUUGUCCCAUCCUCCAGCUUUCACAAGCGUCAGAGUCAAUACUUGCUUGGUUUCGAUUGAUCGUGCUAAAAAGUUGCUUGCUGAAGAGAUUCAGAAGGAAUUUAAAGGAUAUCCUAUGGAUGAUAUUCCAAUAUUACAGCAUCCAAACCUUCCAGAUGUUAUUUUAAUUCCUAAUAUUGGUCCCAGGGAGAAUCUGCAAAGACAUUCCUUUGAAGUGAUUGUGGGAGCUCAAUGUGGGAAUGCAGUACUCCGAGGAGCACAUGUUUUUAUUCCUGGCAUUCUUUCAGCUCCAACAUUAAUGAAAGCUGGUGAUACUGUUUCGGUGUAUUCUGAUAUUCAUGGAAAAUGCAAAAGGGGUGCAAAGGAAUAUAAAGGAGCAAAAGUAUUUGUAGGGAAUGGAAUUGCUGAACUGAGCCGCAAUGAAAUAUUUUGUUCAAGUUGUACUUUAAGGGGUGUGGGAGUCAGAAUGACUGAACCUGUCUAUGUUACCCCAUCAUUUGACAACCUAAUGAACAACUUUCUGUUUUUACAGAACUUGCCGUCAGUGGUAGUGAGCCACGUGUUGGGUCCUAAGCCUGGAGAGCGAAUCUUAGAUUUGUGUGCAGGUCCUGGUGGAAAAACUACUCAUAUUGCAGCAUUAAUGAAAGAUAAGGGUGAAGUGAUAGCAAUUGAUAAGAUUGCAAGUAAAGUAAGGAAAAUAAAGCAGAACGCGGAGAACUUACAGUUGAAGAGUAUACAAGUGUUUUGUUAUGAUGGAACUAAAGUCCUUGCAAAAGAAGGGAUUUGGAAUGAGCAAGAGGGACCUCCAUUCCCCCCAGAAACUUUUGAUCGGGUACUUCUGGAUGCCCCCUGCAGUGGGUUAGGUCAGAGGCCUAAUAUGGCCUGUGACUGGAGCUUAAAGGAAAUUGCUUCUUACCAGCCUCUGCAGCGAAAGCUAUUUAGAGAGGCAGUCGAGAUACUAAAGCCUGGAGGCAUCUUGGUCUAUAGCACCUGUACAAUAACAUUGGCAGAAAAUGAAGAACAAGUCGCCUGGGCACUAAGUACUUUUCCUUGCUUACGGCUCCAUCAACAGGAACCUCACCUGGGUGAAGGAGGUAUGAUGAGUAUUGGACUUUCAGAAGAUCAGUUGAAAUUGCUGCAGAGAUUUAAUCCAUCUAGUGUAUCUGUAAAGGACACCUUUGAUUAUUCUUCACGUAUGGAUUUCGGUCAGAUGACUGAUUUAAUUAACUUGGCAAAUAAGGACACAAUAGGCUUUUUUAUUGCAAAAUUUAUUAAGUCACAGGAUGCCUAACAGUUACCAGGACUGUGAUAAAAAUCUACAAUUACUAGAAAUGAGUAUUAAAUGAAGUAUUUUUUAAUGGCCAUAUUAUUUUUAUUGUAAAGAAUUAAAACUGAUUUCCUAAUAUUUCUGGUGCAUAGUCAUGUCAUUUGUAAUAAUUCCCUAUAUAUUUUUAUAAACAGAUUAACAAAAGUUCAACUGACAGCAUCAUCAGUACAUUAUUCCUCUGACAGCAAACCAAAGGCAUAGUUGCCAUGGUAGCAAUGGAUUAUGCCAGCUGUUGGUUGAGAUCAUAUACCAUGUGCUGACAAAGAUCAUUAGAGGCUUUUGCAUUUCAUUUAGAAUCCGGAUUACAACAUUUAUUUAAAACCUCUUUCUCUGUUUUUACUUGAAAACAGAAAUGAAAUGUUGAAUAAAUGUGAGAUACAUAUGUCCUUUUUUCAUUUACAGUUUAUAUAUAAGGAUAACUUAAUAUUUUAGUAAUUAAUUUAAAAUGGAUAAGUAUAUUUCAGUCUUUUAUUUUAUGGUUGUAAUACAUUUUGGAUUUAAGCCUUUUAUGUGAAGUAUUUCUUUGAAAGGACAUUAUUGAAAUGAGCUGUAAAAGCAUAUCAC